AUGGCGAAUUACAAUUCGAGACAACCAGAAAUGCUUAAUAGAUUGUAUGAAGAAGGCAGAUCGAACAUGGUAUAUCGAUACGCGUUCAAGGAUGCCCAAAACGAUGAGACGAUUGCGCUUUUGCCCGAGCAAGAAAAGCUCCAGGCAAUUGAGCGCACCGUCUACAAGAAGCUCUUCGGCGAUGACCCCACGGAUAAGAGAGAUGCUACCAAAAAUGCAAAGUUUACGGCUGAGCCCAAGAAAAACGAUGUUUCCGUAUCCAACGACGGUAAAAAUACGGAAAAAUCUGCCACUACUACCGUCGAAAAGAAAAACGAUACCCAAGAAGCCAGAGAUCCAGUCGAUUCUAAUACAACAAAGGUGGUUGACGGCAGAUCAAGCAGCAAAAACUCCCCCUCUCCCGAGGAAAAACAAUUGACGGAUAGAGAAAAGCGGAUCUUACCAAGGCAUGAAGCAUUAAAAGCCAAGAUGGGUCCUGCCGCUUGGCAUAGAAUGGAAGAGGCGCAUAAAAAGAAUCUUCCAAUAGCGGCUAAACGUGAGGCAAUGUAUAGCAAGCAAAACAAAUUGCUGCCAAUGAGACCCGGUGCUUCACCUACUUGGGAGUGCAAGAAUUACUGGUCUGCUGAGGAUGGCGCACAGAUCAUAAAAGUUGAGCAUAAAUUGAAUGUUAGAGUCAAAAGUGAUAUUCAAAACCUAAAUCUGUUUCGCUUGUGGCCGGAACCAGCGGAUUUGGAUACAUUUGAGAAGGAUCCUAUAAAUGGAUUGGAAUUGCUUGCCAGAUGCGAGAAAUUUGUGGAGUUCUGGGCUUGGGUCUUCACAUCUACAAGUCGUGUAACACAUCGAGUUCCAUUGACUACUUGUCUAGAAUGGUUUUUGCUUGGGGAGUUUUCUCCUGAGUAUAAGGAGUUUACCAGAUUGGCUUCUGCCACAAAACCAAUGACAGAUGUUGAAGCUAUAGAAGCAUUCAAGCAGGAUAUAGCUGCCAACAAGGCUCAACAUGAGAAAUUGGGAGAAGAGCAAACUGUAUAUAUCAAAGCAAAUGAAAAUCCAAGAACUAUCGCCCAAUCAAGGAUCAAAAACACCCAUUAG